AUGUGCACUCUCAUAUAUUCCGUUCUAGUAACUCAACACCGUUCAAAUAGUCCCCAAAAUUCAAGUUCGGGAUCAUCGCCUGUUAUGUCAAAUAGUAGUUCUAGUCCAGCACCACCAUCCAGUAGUCCAAGUCCACAAGAAAGCCCAAAGAAUUCCACCUCAACUACCAUCAUCACAACAUCAUCAAAACCAACAACAACAAAAACAACAACUUCAUCACCAACAAAGUCGUUUAUUCAUAAUAAUCAACAUCAUCAUCAUCAACAUCAUCAGCAGCAGCAGCCAUUAGCCAAUAAUUCAAAUGAAACAUAUUUCAUGAAUGAGGCACCUACAUCGACUGCAACCACCACCGCCAAAAAGACUUUCUAUCAACAUGAUGAUGAUGAUGAUGAUGAUUAUGUUAAUAUUGAUAAUAAUGAUGAUGAUGACAAUGACAGUGGCGUACACGAUAACAAUAGUGGCAAACCAACAACAACAACAACAACAUCAUCCUCCUCCAUGACAAUGCGAUUUCCUAGCAUAUCUUCAGCCAACAACAAAAUUAAUCAAUGCUUCAAAUUAACUCCGUCUAAUAAUAAAGGUUUAAUGAUAUUAACUGACAAGGAAUCAUUUAGCAUCGGCAGCAAUAAUGAUGAUGAUGAUGAUAACAAUGAAGACAAAACACCCACAAACACGAAUAUGACCACGAAUACAAAUACAACGCCAACCACAUCGUCAGGAUUGGCCUGCUAUAACCCAAUUAAUAGUAUGAAACUGCCAACAGCUAUAUUUUCGCCGCAAUUCAAUGAGAAUCUCGCAACACUUAAUCGCAAAUGGACGAAAUUUAAUCGUCGCAGCCAUCGUCGUCGCAAUAGUAGCUCUGGUGAUUCCAAAGAGCUUGAUAAACUAGUCCUUAAAUCAAUGGAAUGGGACGAUAAUGAUAUAUAUUAA